AAGUGAGAGCUUUGGAAACUGAGAAAGAAAGAAAGAAAGAAAGAAAGAAAGGAAGGAAGAAAGAAAGACAGAAAUAGAAGUAAGAGAGUCCUGUCCACUGUCACUGAAGAGCCUCCUGUCCACCUAUUAGAUCUGAAGACCUGCUUUUAUCAGAUCCAGGUAGAGCGGCAGCAAGCUACGCAGAUAGAGAGAGAGAGGAAGAGAGGGAGGGUGAGAGAGAGAGAGGGAGAAAGAGAGGAAGGGAGAGACAGAUUCUACAUUGACUGUUUAAACAGCGUGCUGUUUUGGAGAGGCAGGACUUCCAGAACAGCAGCAGCAACAGCAGCAGCAGAGGCAACACAAGAGUCAGUGUUCAGCGGAUCAUCUGCAGUCUCCUCCUCCUCCUCCUCUUCCUCCUCCUCCCCCCCCUCCACCCUGCGCUGUGCACACACCACACGGGCACCUUCCAUCCCCAACACUCUCUUCUCACUCAGCACUCGCCUUGGUGUCCACGGGAAGAGAAGAGGCCAGAAGAGAAAGGAAAAAGAGUGUGUGAGUGCUCAGAGUGUGUGUACUUGUGUGUGUGUGUAUGACAGAGAAAGAGAGAGAGAGAGACAGAGAGAGAAAGAGAAGAGAGAGGAGCCGCGUGUGGAGACGGACAGGCACAGGUGCUGUGCCGAACGAGAGCCGAGGGAAGCGAGGGAAAGCGGCGAUUCGACUGAGCGAGCAACUCUGGAGCACGACGAGCUGAGCUGAGAGGAAUUCCAAAACAGCUGUCCGGCAGACGUCCUCUGAAACGAGCACCCUCAGGGGCAGAGAGAGAGAGAGAGAGAGAGAGGGAGCGUGAGAGAGAGAGAGAGAGAUAGAGAGAGAGAGAGAGAGGAGGGGGGCUGCAACACACACACACUCUCUCCACUUCAUUUGAAGCCGGCGAGCGUCAAGCAGAGCAGCUUGCUGUGGACAGAGCCAACGGGAUUAACCUCGAGGAGCUGCACAAGGUAUAAACUGCAGAGAUUGCUGGGCUCGAAGGCAGAGGUCUGACUCAUCGCCAGCCUCGGAGAGUCUGAGAAUGUAACUCCUGCCCCUCCCAGGGGAGACGUCAGCAUUGAAGACCUGACCACAGCGCGAGGCUCACCGGCCCCUUCAGGAGUGCCUCCGUUAUCCUUUUUCCAGCCCCCCGAGUCUCCAGGAUUAAGGUGGAGCAAACGACCAUGCCGGCGAAGACGCCCAUCUACCUGAAAGCCAACCCCGCCAAGAGGGGCAAGAAGUGUCGCCUGCGCGACAUCCUGUCCCCCGACAUGAUCAGCCCGCCGCUGGGGGACUUCCGCCACACCGUCCACAUCGGGAAGGCCGGCUCGCGGGACACGUUCGGGGACAUGUCCUUCCUUCAGGGCAAGUUCGAGCUGCUGCCGGGGAAGGGCGAGGUGACCCGGAGCCAGGUGCACAGCGGGCCGCCGCACAGCGAGUUCCUGCGGGCCAACAGCGCCUCGGACGCCUCCUUCGCCGAGACGCCGUCGCCCGUGCUGAAGAACGCCAUCUCGCUGCCCACCAUCGGCACCGGGCAGGCGCUCACGCUGCCGCUCCUGUCGUCCGCCGUCUUCCCCGCGGCCGCCGACCCGCUGGACGACCCGCUCGCGGCGCUGACCGACCCUCUGCCCGGUCUGGAGAUCGGACAGGAGGAAGAGGGGUACGGAGAGGAGGGGGACGUCGUCGUUGACGGCGGCGCCCUGGAGAUCCUGCAGAUCGACUCGCUCCUGCAGUCCAUCACCAUCUUCGGCCGCGAGUCCAGCCCGCUGCCCGCCAUGCGCCAGGAGAGGCAGGCCCUCACCAUCAACCUGGUGGAGACACCCGACAAGCCGCUGCCGCCGCCGCCCAAGAAGAAAACCACUCCGAAGCUCGGGAAGAUCCUCAGCUUCGAGAACGGCUCCGAGAAGAAGCAGUCGCCGCCGCCGCUGCCCUUGUUGUUCAUCACCGGCAACAACCACAGCAACAGUAUCUACAGCGGCAACGGCAUCUACAAUGGCAACGGCAACUGCAACGGCAGCAGCAACUACUACAACAACGGCGGCAACUGUAACGGCAGCGGCAGCUUCAACAGCUUCAGCCUCUACAACGGCGACACCCUCCUCUACGAGAAGGAGAGCAACGGCAGCUGGGCGGACCGAGACAGCGGCGUCGAGGAGGGUCGCAUGUGCGACUUUGACUUUGAGCUGUCCAAGGAGAAGAGCAUCUCUCAGGAGUCUCUCAGCCAAAUCACGGGCUCCCUGCUCUCGCUCGAACUGGACUUAGGGCCCUCCAUUCUGGACGACGUCCUCAAUAUAAUGGACAAGCCCCAGCCCGGAAUCAAGGCAUAAGUUCUAGAGACAAUCGGAGAGAGGAAAGGGAAUUACAUGAACUGCAAUCAUGGCUAUGGGAAUCGAUGCUUGGCACGGGCCAGGCAAUGGAAAAUAGUAUGGCACACGGAUGUUGAACUGUGGUGAAACAUGAACUCAAAAAAGACAAGGAAAGGGGGCAGCCAUUUUUUUUACAGAGUUUUUAUCCUCAUCCUUAGUUUUUAAUAGAGUGCUGUUUGGAGGUUAUUUUCUCGCUCUGUCUAUGUUUUCCUCUUGUGUCACUGGUGUGGGAAGGGCCGGCAUGAUUACAUUAACACAAAGUAGCAACAACACAGCCAUCGUGCCUUUUAUGUUGAGAUUCAAUUAUGUGCAAAAAGGUUGUUUUGUGUGCUUAGAAACAAUCCCGACUUUAGAUGUAGACUGAAAAGGUAGCGAGUUUGACGAGUUUGGACACCGUUUAUGCUUUCAUGCACAAAUACAAUAAUAUGAUAUAACACUAUGAUAAUAUUUCUAUUUUGAGAUAUGCAUACGUGUGAUUUUUUUCCCAAAGUUUAUCACGAAAUGUUUUCAUGUACAUAUUUAUACUAUUUCAUUAACAGUGCUACAAGAGUGUGGACACUUAUGCUAUUCUGUGGAGCAAAUAAAAUAAAAAUGAA